CAGGCAGUCUGUUGUGUCCGCACCGUUGUCGAGGCAACAUCUGUGCAGCGCGUGCCGUGCCUUCCCGCGAGUGUAUCGACAUAACAGUGCAGUGCUGUGAGUGCCAGUGCCGGAAAUGUUACUAUUGUGAUACACCAAUUGUUAUAAUGGCAUUAAAAAAGGAUUUCGACAUAAACAAGAACAUAUUCAAAAUAAAACUACCGAAAACUGUCAAGUUCCAACAGGCUUUCGACAAAAUAUUCAAAAAGAACAACUACACCAAAAUAGUGCAAAGUUAGUUACACUAAUUGUUGUAUAGACUCGUCCGAUUAAAUGGCCGGUGAAGUUAGUGCAAAUAUUAGUAGAAGUAGUAAAGAUAACACCGAGCCCGAGCCACCAGAUCGCAACAAGUCGCCCAACUUUAUAACAGACGAGACCGAGUUUAUUGGAAAAGGAGAUAUAAGAACAUCAACACCGGUCAACAAACAUAGACGUAGUAGAAGUAAGAGUGGUACCAGGAAGACUCCAGUACCGCUUAGUUUUUCAGACGAACAUUUUUAUGAGGAUUUAGAAGCGUAUGUUAGAGAAAUGUCCGCGGCUAGGCAAACCAGUGCUACCAUGGAGGCAGGGCAGGAGCAGGACCUGUGGACUCAGCUCCAGCAGAAGGAGUCCGACCUGCUGCUGGCGGCAGAGCUCGGGAAGGCUCUCCUCGACAAGAACGAGGAGCUGAAGAAAGAACAGGAGCGCGUGACGGAAGAGUACUCCAAAAAACUAGAGGAACUGGAACAAGAGAAGCACCUUCUGAGACGACGGUUGGACACGACACAGGGGGAGUAUGAAGCGCGACUGCUCGAACUGCAGAAUGAUAUCCGAGAACUCACCGCCAAGAUCGACUCCAGAGAUACAUCUGUUAAACAGCGUGAUGAAGAAAAAGCCAGCCUUAUUGCUGAGCUGACAGCACAGAACUCCAGACUGACAGUGCAGCUCAAAGAGUCAUCAGCAGUUGAAGCCAGUCUGCUGGCACAGCUUGAGGGCUUGAAAGACCAAUGUUCCAUGAGGAAAACCAGCUUACAGGACCAUGUACAAAGUCUGGAAUCCUUGAAAGCCGAGCUGGCGAUGGUGACAGACAAAAAAUCAGACCUAGAGCGAAGAUUAACAGGGUCGCUUCAAGAUAAGGAGAACCUGAUGCAGCAGCUGGAUGAGGCAAACGAUAGGAUCGUCGCGUUGGAGAGGCAGUUGAAAGAACAGGAACACCUCUACCAGAACACAUUAAAAGAACUGGAACGCCUGCAAAGAUCCCACGACACGUUAGCCGAAAGGAUCGGAGCACCAGAUCCUAUUGACACCACAGACACUGCCAGGUCUCUUCAUGCGGAGAUGGAGUCGGAACCCGAAGACCAGGAUGAUGGCUGGCUGAGAAGCGAAGCUGUUCAGGUGUACAAGCAACUGAGGGCGCUGGCGCUACAGUUGAACACUGGGCAUGAUGAUGAUUCAGGUCUCCACUCAGAUCUAUCCCUCACAUCACUGGAUGGCGAAGAAGGUGAGACGCUACGACGUGGUGCGCUCGCCGCCGCCUGCGCAGAUGCUGUCGCAGCGUAUGCCACGCUCGAAGGAUCCCGUGUACGAGACUCCAUUGCAGCGCAUGCGCGUCGGGCGUUGGAACGAGAGAGGCAGAUCGAUGAGAAGAAUGAAAUUAUUGCUGAUCUUUCUUCUAAGCUGUCAGUAGCAGAAGUAGAACUUCGUGCAGCCGCCGAGGAGCGUGACAAGCUGCUGAAUGAUGCCAACUACAGCAGCUUGCAGAACGAUGAGGCGGUCACCAAGGCUCGGCAGGAGAGAGACGAGGCCAUUGAGAGGAAGAAGGCUGCUGAGGUGGCUCUAGCCAAGACCAGGGUGGAGCUGAUGCAGGCCAACAGUCAGCUGUACGAAGCUGUGCGCCAGAAGGUGGACCUUGGGCAACAACUUGAACAGUGGCAGAUGGACAUGCAGGAACUCAUCGACGAGCAGAUGAAACACAAGCUGACCACACAAGAGAAGCGAAGGAAGCUUCCAGAACAGCCUCCACCCACCAGAACCUCUCGACUUCUCGGAUUUUUUCACCGGUGAUCUGUUGUAUCCCACUCUUGGUGCGCCUCUAUGAAGCCAUAGACCACUCUACCAUAUCAACUCUCUACCUUGUUAUCAUCAAGUAUUACUAUCCAUCAACAUUACCAGCUGCCUACAGUUUAUUUUUAAUACUUUUGUACAAAAAUCUAUCGUUAUCAAAAUUCAUAGCAGCGACCGCCAUCUUGAUUCACCGUACGGACGCGUUCGCAAUCACCGAGUUUUUAGGUUAUUUUUUAAUUUUAUUUUAUAAACCGUGUGAUGUUUAUACUAUCGCAGUGAUAGUUAGUGUCGUAGUUAGAUUGUUUAUAGUUAGUUUACGUUUAAUUUUUAAUGUUUUAUUGUGUCUUUUUAGUUUUUCACUGUAAAAUGGCUGGUAAAUUUUGGCAUUUGGCAAUUAAUUACUUGAUAGGGCGGAUUUAGUACAACAGAUAAGUUUAAACGGAUGGAAAUCCAAGAGAAUUAUCAUCUUUUGUCCGUUUCACGAUGACUAACGAUAGAAAUAUAAAUACGAUUCGAUUAGAAACGAAAAUGUAAACUAACGUUAGUAGAUUUAAGUCAUGUAAUCCGCCAUCUUUAAUACGUCAGCCAUUUUAAAACCUAAUCUAACCUAUCCAUUGCUUUAUUUGUAAAUAACGUUUUAAUAAUUGAGAUUACCUUAACUAUGUAUGUAUAGUUGGUACUUAUAUACGUAAAUCUUGGUUUUAAGUGAGAUGUUUG